CCAAGAGAGAGCGAAAAGCGAGCAACCCCCACUGCGCCCAAACCCAGAAGGAAAAGCUCUCUUCGAGCAGCGCCGCGUCUCGGCUUCUCCCCCCCUCUCAUCCCACUCCUCUCAUACCCUUCCUUUAAACCCUAACAUUUCUCCUCUCUUUCCCUUCCCUCCCCCUCUCCUUCUCCUCUCUCCUCCUCCUCCCAAUCCUCGAAUCGCUUCGCCCGACCUCUCCCCAUCCUUUCCUCCAGGGGUUUCCAGUUCGCGAUCGAACUCUCACCAGCGAACGUUCUUGAGAUCGAUGUCUUCUUUCUUUCAGCUGCCCUAGGGUUUAUCCAAAGAGGGAGCCUCCUUUCUUGGUUUUGCUGGCAUUCGCGACGUUUGAUUCUAGGGUUUAGAUUGGGGAGGUCAACCCUGGCGGAGUCCAUGGUUGGGUGAUGGCGGAUCCGCGCCGCUUCCGCCCCCGGUACGGUGAUAAUCUUGGAUUCGUGGAGUUGGCGUGGGAGGAGGAGGUUCUUGGGUUAGGGUUAGGGUUUGAGCUUGGGAGCGAGGGAUUUGAGGCGAGGGAAGUAUGCUGAGCGUGCUGCGAGUCCAUCUGCCGUCGGAGAUCCCCGUCAUCGGCUGCGAGAUAACGCCGUAUGUGCUCUUGAAGCGCCCAGACAACUCCAUCUCCAACGAGGAUGUCCCCGAGUCUGCCCCCAUCAACGGCUACUGCAUGAGGUAUAAAUGGUAUCGUGUACAAAGUGAUCAAAAAUUUACCGUAUGCAGUGUACAUCCAACUGAGCAAGCAACAUUACAAUGCCUGGUUUGUGUAAAGGCAAAAGUACCUCUUGCCAGGAGUUUCCAUUGCACGCCUACGUGCUUUUCAGAUGCUUGGCAGCACCAUCGUGCUUUACAUGAACGAGCAAGUACUGCUUCAAAUGAAAAUGGAACAGAGGAGGAAGAAAUGUUUGGACGCUUUAGUAGCACUGGAUCUGGGGUUAAAAAUGCAGGGAUUUCUGCUUCGACAUCUAAUGCUGGCCAGAGCCCUAGCCUGACCAAUGCUUCCACACCAAUAUAUCCCACAACUGUGGCAGAAAGGAGUGGUGAUGGCUUGUUUGAAGUCGGACGAUCUAGGACGUAUACACCCACAGCUGAUGAUAUUGGUCAUUUUCUGAAGUUUGAAUGUGUAGCAAUAGAUGCAGAGACAAAAUUACCCAUAGGAAAUACAAAUACCAUUAUGAUGUCACGUGUGAUACCAGCUCCAACUCCAAUUCCACGACGCAUGAUUCCAGUGAAUGGAGUUGAUGUCUUGGGCCAUAUGGAUCCUGAUAGCCGCAUUGCAUCUUCUGGAACCUUCUCAAUUCUCUCGUACAACAUUCUCUCUGAUGCAUAUGCGACCAAUGAAUCAUACAGCUAUUGCCCCUCUUGGGCUCUUUCAUGGCCAUACCGCAGGCAGAAUUUGUUACGGGAAAUUAUUGGUUACCAUGCUGACAUCCUUUGUCUUCAAGAGGUUCAAAGUGACCAUUUUGAGGAGUUUUUUGCACCAGAACUAGAUAAGCAUGGAUAUCAAGCACUUUACAAGAAAAAAACAUCAGAGUUGGUUCAGGUUUAUAUUGGAAAUCCGAAUGCAGUUGAUGGUUGCGCCACAUUUUUUCGCAGGGAUAAGUUUUCACAUGUCAAAAAAUAUGAGGUUGAAUUUAAUAAAGCUGCCCAGUCUUUGACAGAUGCCGUUAUUCAACCUAGUCAGAAGAAAGUGGCUUUGAGUCGAUUGAUUAAGGAUAAUAUUGCUCUUAUUGUGGUACUUGAAGCAAAAUUCAGUAGUAAUCAAGGUGCUGAUAAUCCUGGAAAAAGGCAGCUUCUUUGUGUGGCAAAUACACAUGUAAAUGUCCAUCAGGAUCACAAGGAUGUUAAACUCUGGCAGGUGCAUACUCUUUUAAAAGGAUUGGAGAAAAUUGCUGUUAGUGCGGACAUUCCAAUGUUGGUGUGUGGAGAUUUUAAUUCAGUUCCAGGAAGUGCUCCUCAUGCACUUCUUGCAAUGGGCAAGGUAGAUCAGCUGCAUCCAGACUUGGCUGUGGAUCCUCUUGGUAUUCUGCGCCCUGCUAGCAAGUUAACUCACCAGCUUCCAUUGGUUAGUGCAUAUUCUUCGUUUGCGAGAAUGAUGGGGAUUGGUCACAGCUUAGAGCGACAAAGGAGGAGAAUGGAUCCCACAACAAACGAACCUCUAUUCACAAAUUGUACUAGGGAUUUUAUUUGCACUGUUGACUACAUAUUUUACACAGCGGACUCUUUGACAGUGGAAUCACUAUUGGAACUCUUGGAUGAGGAAAGCUUGCGGAAAGACACAGCUCUUCCUUCUGCUGAGUGGUCGUCUGAUCAUCUAGCGCUUUUAGCAGAAUUCCGGUGCAAGCCUAGAGUCAGACGUUGAAAUUAGAGGUCCUUUUCUCCGUCCUGCUUGGCCUUGUUUGUGUUGUAUGGGAAAUUGGAUGAUAAAAGGUCCAUCCGGUAAUGCUCUCAAAGGAGGUAGAGAAUUUUCAUUGUGCUCUGUGGCGAUGGUUCCCUUAAGGGCUCAUUGUGGAUCUACUUGUAUCAUUGUCAGUGUCUCAGAAAAUUGUGCAAAAUAUGUUUUUUCUAAAGAAAACUUUAGCCAUUGUCUAGUAUAAUUUUUUCAGAAGGUUACCAAUUACAAGUUCAGGAUAUAAAUUAGACUUCGUUUCUUUCCCUCAAA